GGAUUAGCUGUAACUGUGGCUCGGGAAACUGCCGGAUAAUAAUUGGUUGAGGCGGGGACGUGAAACAUACAAUAGUUAGCGGCGACCGGGAAGCGUGUUAGAUGGGGGCCGGAAGUGAGGCUUUAAGCAAGGAGACAGGUUUGACAGGCCAAUGUCAGGAGCUGAUAUUUAACUAAGCAGCCGUCAUGGGGAAAAAGAAAGCGCAGAGGGAUGGAAAAGCUGCUCCUGCUGCUAAACAGAAAGAAUGUCGGCAUAAGAAAACAUCAAAGAGCCUGGAAGCUUUUGCUAGUGAAGUGCAUGAUGCUUUAGAUGCCAGCAUUCAGCAGGAUGGAGCAGAAGGGAGUGAAACCAAAGUUAAGUUUCCUUGUGCGCUUGCCAUGUGGGAACUGGGACACUGCGACCCAAAGAGAUGUACGGGACGGAAACUUGUCAGGAAAGGCUUUGUCAGGAACCUGCGGAUCAGCCAAAGGUUUAAUGGUCUGAUCCUGAGUCCAAUGGGAACCUUGUACGUCUCUCCAGCUGACAAACAGAUCGUAGCAGACAGCGGAGUAGCGGUGAUAGAUUGCUCAUGGGCUAAACUGGAUGAAACACCCUUUGCUAAAAUGAGAGGAAGCCAUCCCCGACUGCUGCCUUACCUGAUAGCGGCAAACCCGGUGAAUUAUGGGCGGCCCUGCAAGCUGUCCUGUGUAGAAGCUUUUGCUGCAACUUUUUGCAUUGUAGGAUUCCCGGAACUGGCCACUAUCCUCCUGAGGAAAUUCAAAUGGGGAAAAGUUUUUCUGGAGCUGAACAAGGAUCUAUUGGAGAAAUACAGUAACUGCCAGAAUGUGGAAGAAGUGCUGACAGUGGAGAGGGAAUAUCUAGCAUCGGCCAAUGAUAAAGAUAAUGAAGAUAUCGAUCCGUUUGAUGUUGAAUCUGGCAGAGAGUUUUCCAAUCUGAAUAGAGAUAUCACAUCUAACAGAAAGGCAUGUGAUCAUGAGGACGACACAGAUGAGGAAGAGGAUGAUGAUGCAGAUGAUGGAACAGAUGAAUCUGAAAGUGAUGAAGAAGCAAGUUCAGAAGAGGAGAGCAACGAUGAAGCAGCAGCAGCAAGAAAACCAGAAAUAUGGAAAGGAGCAAAAAAGAGACUUAGAGACUAGAAUAUCAUUGGAGCUCUCAAUCACAGUGUGCAGCAGUGCUAAUAUAUAUUGAAUUAAGUACCCCCUCUUGUAAAUUAUAAGGAUAUUAUAAGUUAUCGAGGAGUUUCAUGACCAUAUUAUACAGGUCAUGGAACUACGAGGUAACUUCUAAUAUCCUUAUAGUUUGCAACUGGGGGUACUUUAUUUAUAUUACUAUAUUUAUUAUAAUACACAAGUUUCAGUGAGUCAUGGGACAGAAAUAACAUCAGAACUCACCAUUUAUAACUGAUGACAUCAGAGCUCCCUGUUUAUACGAUUUACAAGAUAUUCAUGGCUUUUGUGUAUUAUAUAAAGAUAAGUGGGUCUUCCAUCAGAUAAUGAAAGGUCAUGUAUUUCCUGGCUGAAUGAUUAAAGCAGUGAUGAGCAUUGUGUUUGCAAAUCCUUGUGGCACCCAUGCAUUCCCUUCUCACAUGUUCUUAAACAAGAAGGAAAAGUCGCUGAGUGGUGCCAGUUUGUUAGUUGGAGUUCAAAUCAAAUUUUACCCUAAGAAGUGACCGUGCACUAUUUUGUUCCGUGGCCUCAGCGUGUAGCACACGGAGAAAAGAUUUGGACUGUGCUUUUCUGUGUUGGAGCAACAAUUUCCAUUGCAGAAAAGAAACUGUUCCAUGUGCAAUUCCUGAGUAGUAAUUACUAUUAGCAGCCCUAUAAGGGUCAGCUCCCUUUUUUAAAGAGGAUCUUAUUAUAUAAACUCAAAGCAAUUGCAGUAGUUGCCAUGUUUUGUGUGAACACAGUGUAUAUUUUGAUUAAAAUUAUAUUCAAUGUA